AUGACGGGGUCACCCUCAGAGGAUGAGCUCUUGGCCUGCAGCCAAGAAACAGUUGAAGGCAAAACUGUGGGCCUCAGUACGCCAACAACUAUAAAUCAACCAACAACAUCCACUAAAGUCAUGGGGCAAAAGCGUGGUAAUAAAGGUCCCUCGAGGUAUAAACUUUACCAGAGGUCUCUCGCUAUCCCUGGCAGAAUUAGGAAAAACGAGACGGAAGGUAAGGUUCCUCCUAAAGAUGAGACCGACAAGGCAAGAUGUCAAAAGGUGGUUGACGAAUACUUGGUAUUCCAAGCCGCCAACAGGACCGAUGCCAAAAAACGAAACCACUCGAAUGACGAAACUGGGAAGGUAACAAAGAAGCACAAGAUAUCGGAUCAGGGUGCAGUUGCCUCCAAACCUAUCAAGCGAUUUAGUGAGGUGGCACGGGACCAUCUCCAAAUGGCAUUGGUAGACGAAACCUCGAACCGCGAAAAACCAGUGCUUGACAAAUGGUCAGAGAUUGAGGCACGGUUGUCUCGCAUAGUCGCUGACCAUGUCAUGGCGAACCCGGAGGGCCAAACACCAGGUUUCGACUCGGUGGAGGUAGUCCGCGGUUACCGUGUCAUUAAAUGCGUUGACCAAUUCACACUGCAUUUUCUGACAAACGUGUUUGGUAAAAUCCAGAACAGCUGGAAAGGCUUGAAACUCAAGCUACUUCCGGCUAGCGAGAUUCCACGAUGGCCGACGGCUCGCAUCUGGGUACCAAACAUGGAGUUUGAAGCCGAUUAA